ACAUGGUUAAUAGAUACUUUUUUAAGACAUUGUAAUAACAUCUUAAACAUUACUUUACAGAAUAUUUACAGGAUCUACGAGAUUGGAUGGAAAUGCUAUUGUGGAUUUCGUUCGUUGGCUUUGUGCUGUAUCUAUGGAUGAACUGCUGUCUGCUACUCACCCUCGAAUGUUCAGCCUGCAAAAGAUAGUAGAGAUUUCUUACUACAACAUGGGUCGGAUUAGGCUACAGUGGUCUAGAAUCUGGGAAGUUAUUGGAGAUCAUUUUAAUAAGGUUGGCUGCAAUCCCAAUGAAGAUGUAGCUAUUUUUGCGGUAGACUCAUUAAGACAGUUAUCAAUGAAGUUCUUAGAAAAAGGAGAACUUGCAAAUUUCCGAUUUCAGAAGGACUUCUUAAGGCCGUUUGAACAUAUAAUGAAGAGAAACAGGUCCCCUACCAUUCGAGACAUGGUUGUUCGGUGCAUUGCGCAGAUGGUAAAUUCCCAAGCUGCCAACAUCCGUUCUGGUUGGAAGAAUAUUUUUUCAGUUUUUCAUUUGGCUGCCUCAGAUCAGGAUGAAAGUAUCGUGGAACUUGCGUUCCAGACUACAGGACACAUUGUCACAAUCGUGUUUGAAAAACACUUCCCAGCAACCAUAGAUUCUUUCCAGGAUGCAGUAAAGUGCUUGUCUGAAUUUGCCUGCAAUGCAGCAUUUCCAGAUACCAGCAUGGAAGCCAUCCGCCUCAUUCGCCACUGUGCAAAAUACGUAUCUGAUAGACCUCAGGCCUUCAAGGAAUAUACAAGCGAUGAUAUGAAUGUAGCUCCUGAAGACAGAGUGUGGGUGAGAGGAUGGUUCCCAAUUCUGUUUGAGUUAUCCUGUAUCAUCAAUAGAUGCAAAUUAGAUGUAAGAACCAGGGGCUUAACAGUAAUGUUUGAGAUAAUGAAGACAUACGGCCAUACAUAUGAAAAACACUGGUGGCAAGAUUUAUUUCGCAUUGUCUUCAGGAUAUUUGACAACAUGAAGCUGCCAGAGCAGCAGACUGAGAAAGCUGAAUGGAUGACGACUACUUGCAACCAUGCACUUUAUGCAAUAUGUGAUGUAUUCACACAGUAUCUGGAAGUACUUAGUGAUGUUCUCCUGGAUGAUAUAUUUGCACAGCUCUACUGGUGUGUGCAGCAAGACAAUGAACAACUGGCACGGUCUGGUACAAACUGUUUGGAGAAUGUUGUCAUCCUAAAUGGCGAAAAGUUUACCCUAGAAAUCUGGGAUAAAACUUGCACUUGCAUGCUGGACAUCUUCAAAACUACAAUUCCUCAUGCGCUGCUGACUUGGAAGCCGGUCAGUGGGGGUUUUGGCCCUGUAUCACCCUCUGAUGCAAAAGAAAAACUGGAUACAAUCUCCCAGAAGUCCGUAGAUAUUCAUGAUACUGUUCAACCGAGAUCUUCAGAUGGACGUCCGCAUCAACCCAGUGCAGUGCCCACAGGAAGUGAAGAAGUGAGCAAAGCCAGAUCAACAGCAAAAUUUCCAGAACAGAAGUUGUUUGCUGCUCUUCUGAUCAAGUGCGUUGUACAACUGGAACUCAUUCAGACUAUUGACAACAUUGUGUUCUUCCCUGCAACCAGCAAAAAGGAGGAUGCAGAGAAUCUAGCAGCAGCACAAAGAGAUGCAGUAGAUUUUGAUGUCCACGUGGAUACACAAGAUCAAGGGAUGUAUCGUUUUCUGACAUCACAGCAGCUUUUCAAACUCCUCGAUUGUCUGCUAGAAUCUCACAGGUUUGCAAAGGCAUUUAAUUCCAACAAUGAACAAAGAACUGCUCUCUGGAAAGCAGGUUUUAAAGGCAAGUCCAAGCCCAAUCUUCUGAAGCAGGAGACAAGCAGUCUGGCCUGUGGGUUACGCAUUCUGUUCCGCAUGUACAUGGAUGAAAGCCGAACCAGUGCGUGGGAAGAAGUGCAGCAAAGGCUGCUAAAUGUCUGCAGUGAGGCUCUGAGUUACUUCCUUACUCUCACAUCAGAAAGCCAUCGGGAGGCCUGGACUAAUCUACUGCUCUUAUUUUUGACUAAAGUUCUGAAGAUAAGUGAUGAAAGGUUCAAGGCUCACGCUUCUUUCUACUAUCCUCUCUUGUGUGAAAUUAUGCAGUUUGACCUUAUCCCUGAACUCCGAGCUGUUCUGCGAAGGUUUUUCCUGCGCAUCGGUGUGGUUUUUCAGAUAUCCCAACCACCAGAGCACGAGUCUGCAAUAAGCAAGCAGUAGCACGUAGUGACUGAGGGUUGCUCCCUUAAAACCAUGAACUCCUCAGCUAAAUAAAAGGACCAGGGAGCUGAGCCGUUCUGUCUGGGCAUCUGUAGCAAUGGUUUCUUUGUACGGCAGCGUGUGUCUAAGGAUGAAUGGUACAGAUGCUUACACCUGUAAUUAAGGCUUGCAACACUCCAGUCCCUUUAUUUCCUGAUGGAUUGUCUGUGGGUUUCUCUGCCCUGGCCGGUGCUGAGCACGGAGCCAGUUUUUAGCACAGUCCUCUCGUCAGCGUGGGCUGCGCCAUCCUUUCCUGUCCUAGACAGCAGUAUAGCAACACGUGUUUGUGGCGGGUGUGAAAGGAAAACGUACCCAAAGAACUCUGUAUGUAAAGGUUUGAGCUUCUGCGAGAAGUACAACUCAGGAGAGCUGUAUUUUGAAGGAUCAAAUGUUUAUAGUGAAAAGAAAAAGGAGAUUAUUGUUCAUGGUAAAAGUUAUUUAGCAACUAUGUCUGAUAUUCUAAGAUUUUUUGCACACUCAGGCUGACUGAGACAUCGGUAAUCAUCCUUCUGUGAAAAUGUACAGAGAUGCAGGUCUGUAAUAUAAACUCUUUAACACUAUACAGUUCUUCCUGAAUUGUUUUAUUUCUGUAUUUUUGAUUUGUUGAAAACCCAUAACACUGAAUUGUUUACCAAAUGCACUAGAAGUUUGGGUUUAUUUCUGGGGGGUUGUGGUUUAUUUCUCUGGUUUCGUUGUAGCCCAGCAGUUAGUGUUGCUGACUUUGGUCAAGAGCAGAGGUAGAAGUACCACGACUGACAAAACUACCUGUAAUAUACUUGUUUUAGGGCUUCUCAGUAUAACGAGCCAUCAAAACGAUGAUCCUUCAAGGACUGGAACUUGAAUCACUGCAAACAAGUCUAGGUUAUGUCUGCUGUCACAUGUUUUUUUGUUUGAUGUAGAUUUCACUCUGAUGUACAGAAUUUAAUGUUGAAUAUAUUCGAGUAACAAAUCGGGCAUGGUUUGGGGAUGGUUAAAUUUAUUGGAAAUGUAUUCAUACUGUGAAUUGUGCUCUGAUGGUUAAAAGACAAGAUUGUCAAGCAUUCUGUAUUACAAUGGAUGUAGAAAUUUUUUUCAGAUGGACAAAAUGUAUAUGGUACAGAUAUGUAAAGUUUUCUAUGUAAAAAAAAUUCUGUACAACUUUCUGUACAAUAUUUGGUUCUCAUCUGGCAUACUCUAAUCGGGUUAUAGGUCAAUAAAGUUUUUGAACUCUUUCA